AGAAAAAAAAAAAAAAAAAAAAAAAAACCAGAGAAAGUGAGAGAGAGAGAGAGAGAGGGGAAUUGGAUGGAACUGGACAAUAUUCUUCUUCUCCACGUAACCGCCAUACUCGUCUUCGCUCUCUCUCGAUCUAUGCAGCAGUCGCUUCUUGAUCUCAAGAAAGCUAGGGUUUCGGUUUCUCUCAUAUAGUUUUGCUUCGAUUGCAUUCAUGCUUGAUAGUUUGAAUUAAGGUUUUGGCCCUAAAUUUUCUCUGAGUUGAAACAUGGGGGGAAGAACUGUAGUCUCUGACGAUGAAGAUGAUGUUGCAGAGGAGGAAGAAGAGAGGGAAGUUGAAGAAGUUGAUGCAGAAGGUGAUGCUGAAGAAGCAGACGUUGAGGAGAGGAACGAAGACGAAGACGAAGAUGAUGAUGCAGAAGAGGGGCAGGAUGAAUAUGAGAAGGAUGGGUUUAUCGUAGAUGAUGUGGAUGAAGAGGAAGAACAGGAAGAGGAAGAAGAAGAAAGGGAAGACAGUGAUAAAGAGAGGCAAAAGAAGAAGAAGAGGAAAAAGAGAGAAUCAGAGAAGAAUUAUGUUCUUGAUGAAGAUGACUAUGAAUUGCUUCAGGACAACAAUGCUCCGGGUUUCCAGCGCCUGAAACCUGGUAGCAAAAAGUUUAAGCGUUUAAAAAAGGCUGGUAGAGACAGUGAACAGGAAGAGCGAUUUGGAUUUUCUGACGAGGAAGCACUUGAUGAAACUGGUCGGAGUGGGCGAACUGCAGAGGAAAAGCUUAAGCGCAGCUUAUUUGGGGAUGAUGAAGGAGCACCUCUUGAGGAUAUCGCUGAAGAGGAAGAACCACCAGAGGAAGAAGAUGAUGAUGGGGAUAUGGGUGAUGAGGAUGAAAUGGCAGAUUUUAUUGUGCAUGAGGAAGAAGAAUUUGAUGAAAAUGGAGCUCCUGUGAGACGUAAGAAGCCAAAAAGAAAGAAGCUGAGGCAGGCUCCUGGAGUUUCAUCAGCUGCACUGCAGGAAGCUCAUGAUAUAUUUGGUGAUGUUGAAGACCUCUUGGAUCGUCGCAAGAGAAGUCUUGAGAAGGGUAGUAGGCUUGAUGAAGUUGGUGAAUGGAAGGAAAAACGGUUGGAGGAUGAAUUUGAACCAUUCGUCCUUACAGAGAAGUACAUGACUGAGAAGGAUAAUCAGAUAAGAGAAAUUGAUGUGCCAGAGAGAAUACAGUUAUCUGAGGAAAGCACUGGGCCACCUCCAACUGAUGGGCUGAGUAUAGAAGAAGCGAGCAGUUGGAUACACAACCAGCUUCUUACCAAUAUGGUAUCCUUACCUGGGAUGAAGACGCUUACUGAAGGAAGUAAUGAGGAUGGCCUUGAUAUAAUAAAAAGAAUAAGGAAGGAAGACAUUGUAAGGUUUUUGGAGAUGCUGCAUGUGCAGAAGUAUGAUAUUCCUUUUAUUGCUAUGUAUCGGAAAGAGGCUUGCCCAACUCUGUUGGGAGGACCAGUGCAAGAUGAGGCAGAAGGUGGCGAGGGGGAUAAUGCACACAAGAAACCUAGAAUAAAGUGGCACAAGGUCUUGUGGCUCAUCAAGGAUUUAGACCGGAAAUGGCUAGUUCUUCAGAAGCGGAAGAAUGCUCUUCAGUUGUAUUAUAACAAGCGCUAUGAAGAGGAGACUCGUAGGAUAUAUGAUGAAACAAGGCUGUCUUUGAAUCAGCAGCUCUUUGAGUCAAUUACCAAUUCUCUCAAGACUGCUGAAUCAGAAAGAGAGGUUGAUGAUGUUGACUCAAAGUUUAAUCUGCAUUUCCCUCCAGGCGAAGUGGGCGUAGAAGAAGGACAAUUUAAAAGGCCAAAGAGAAAAUCCCUAUACAGUGUAUGUAGUAAGGCUGGUCUUUGGGAGGUUGCCAGCAAGUUCGGUUACAACUCUGAGGAGAUUGGAUUGCAUAUGACUUUAGAAAAAAUGAGAGACAACAUAGACAAUGAUGCAAAAGACACUCCAGAGGAAAUAGCUUCCAAUUUCACAUGUGCAAUGUUUGAAACUCCUCAGGCUGUGCUUAAAGGCGCCAGGCACAUGGCAGCAGUGGAGAUCUGUUGUGAGCCAUGUGUCCGGAAACACGUUCGUAAUACUUAUAUGGCAAAAGCUGUUGUCUCCACAAGUCCUACACCUGCGGGUAAUGCGGCUAUAGAUCCUUUUCAUCAAUUUGCAGGAGUAAAGUGGUUACACGAGAAGCCACUGGUGAAAUUUGAGGAUGCUCAGUGGCUUUUAAUCCAGAAGGCUGAAGAAGAAAAACUCCUGGUGGUAACUAUUAAGUUGCCAGCAUAUGAGCUAAACAAGUUAGUAAGAGAGGCUAAUGAUUCGUAUCUCAGUGAUGGUGUCAGUAAAUCUGCUCAACUUUGGAAUGAGCAGCGCAAGUUGAUCUUGCAAGAUGCGCUCUCCAAUUUUCUUCUUCCUUCCAUGGAGAAGGAAGCUCGUUCACUGUUGACUGCUAGAGCAAAAAACUGGCUGCUUAUGGAAUAUGGGAAGAACUUGUGGAACAAGGUCUCUGUUGCACCAUAUCAACGGAAGGAAAGUGAUAUUGCUGCUGAUGAUGAAGCUGCACCAAGGGUCAUGGCGUGCUGUUGGGGUCCUGGUAAGCCAUCAACUACCUUCGUGAUGUUGGAUUCAUCGGGUGAAGUUCUGGAUGUGUUAUAUACGGGGUCUCUCAGCAUUAAAUCUCAGAAUGCUAAUGAUCAGCAACGGAAGAAAAAUGGCCAACAACGUGUCCUGAAGUUCAUGACCGACCACCAACCACAAGUGGUGGUCCUAGGAGCUGUGAAUUUGUCCUGCACACGGCUGAAGGAUGAUAUUUAUGAGAUUAUCUUUAAGAUGGUGGAGGAAUAUCCCAGAGAUGUUGGUCAAGAGAUGGACAAUUUAGUUGUUGUUUAUGCAGAUGAAUCUCUUCCUCGUCUUUAUGAAAACUCACGGGUUUCUUCAGAUCAGCUACCUGGUCAACCGGGCAUUGUUAAACGUGCUGCAGCUCUUGGGCGUUACCUCCAAAAUCCUUUGGCCAUGGUUGGUACUCUAUGUGGACCAGCAAGGGAGAUUUUAUCGUGGAAGCUCAGCCCUUUAGAGCACUUCUUGACUCCUGAUGAGAAGUAUAUGAUGGUUGAACAGGUGAUGGUUGAUGCCACCAACCAGGUAGGCAUUGACAUCAAUUUAGCAGUUAGCCAUGAGUGGCUCUUUGCUCCUUUGCAAUUUGUUGCAGGUUUAGGACCUAGAAAAGCAGCUUCAUUGCAGAGGGCAUUAGUAAGAGCUGGUGCAAUUUUCAGUCGAAAAGAGUUGACUCUUAAUGGGCUUAAAAAGAAGGUAUUCAUCAAUGCUGUUGGGUUUUUACGUGUGCAUCGGAGUGGGCUUGCGAGUAAUAGCAGCCACAUUAUACAUCUGUUGGAUGAUACGAGAAUUCAUCCGGAGUCGUAUGAAAUUGCAACAGAAAUGGCAAAGGAGGUUUAUAAACAUGAGGUGGAAGUAGAUGAUGAAUCGAAUGAUUUAGAUGAGGAUGUGCAGGAAAUGGCGAUUGAGCAUGUCAGAGAGAACCCAAAGGUGCUGAAAACCCUUGAUCUUGAGGAAUAUGCUACAUCCAAGGAAUUAACUGAUAAGCUCCAAACUCUAAAUGAUAUAAAGAUGGAACUGUUGCAUGGGUUCCAAGACUGGCGCAAUCCUUACCAAGAACCUAGUCAGGAUGAGGAAUUCUAUAUUAUUUCUGGUGAAACUGAGGAAACCCUUGCUGAGGGCCGUCUUGUGCAGGCAACGGUUAGCAGGGUACAAGCACAACGCGCAUUCUGUGUGCUUGAAUCUGGUUUGAGUGGGAUGCUUCAUAGGGAGGACUUUUCAGAUGAUCCAAUUGUUAAUCUAACUGAGCAUCUGAAUGAGGGAGAAAUACUAACUUGCAAGAUUAGAAGUAUUCAAAAGCACAAGUACCAGGUGUUUCUGACUUGCAAAGAGAGGGAGUUAAGAAGUAAUUCAUAUCAAAGUUCUCGUAGCCGUGAUCCCUACUACCGGGAAGACCCAAGCAGUUUACAGAGUGAGCAGGAGAAAGCUCGUAAGGAGGAGUUAGCAAAGAAGCAUUUCAAGCCGAGAAUGAUUGUUCAUCCCCGUUUCCAGAAUAUUACUGCCGAUGAGGCCAUGGAGUUCCUUUCCGACAAGGAUGUUGGUGAAGCUAUUAUCCGUCCCAGUUCUAGAGGGCCAUCUUUUCUUACUUUAACGUUGAAGAUAUAUGACGGAGUUUAUGCUCAUAAAGAUAUAGUUGAAGGUGGGAAAGAACACAAGGAUAUCACAAGCUUGCUUCGUCUGGGGAAAACCUUAAAAAUAGGUCAUGACACUUUUGAGGAUUUAGAUGAGGUUAUGGAUCGUUAUGUUGAUCCACUGGUAACACACUUGAAGGCUAUGCUUAGUUACCGCAAAUUCAAGAAGGGGUCAAAGGCAGAGAUUGAUGACCUCUUAAGAAUUGAGAAAUCAGAACAUCCAAUGAGGAUUGUUUACUGUUUUGGCAUUUGUCAUGAGCAUCCUGGUACUUUCAUUUUGUCCUAUAUACGAAGCACAAAUCCUCAUCACGAGUACAUUGGGCUGUAUCCCAAGGGAUUCAGGUUUCGACAAAAAGAUUUUGAGGACAUAGACCGCCUUGUGGCAUAUUUCCAAAGACACAUUGAUGAUCCCCCUCCGGGUUCGACGCCUUCAAUUCGAUCAGUUGCCGCUAUGGUACCAAUGAAGAGCCCUGCAACUGGAGGUUCCUCUGGAGGGGUGUCUGUAGGCAGUGGAUGGGGGGGUUCGCAAGCUAGCAAUGACGGUGGUUGGAGAGGUCAUUCAUAUUCAGACAGAGAGAGAUCUUCCACACCAGGUUCGAGAACAGGUAGAAAUGAUUACAGAAAUGGUGGUGAUCGACAUGGACAUCCAAGUGGGGUGCCUAGGCCCUAUGGCGGACGUGGACGGGGCCGUGGCUCAUACAAUGGAAGAGGAAACGACAGUAGCAAUGAAAGAUUAGAUUCUAGUUAUGGUUCUUCCAGAUGGGGCUCAGGUUCCAAGGAUGGGGAUGAUGGCUGGAACAAUUUUCCUGGUGCGAAAGUUCAAAAUUCUCCCGGCAGAGAAGCCUUUCCUGGGGGUUGGGGUGGUGGUGGUGGUGGUAGCGCUGGUGGUGAUGGUACUGUGGAUCCUGGAUCUGAUGUCAGAAAUUCGGGAUGGGGUGAUGGUCCUAAGAAAAGUGGUUCAGCUCAACCGGCAGCAAAUGGUUGGUCUGGAAGUAGCGCUGGGGGAUGGACUGGUGGCGGUGGCGGUGGCAGUGGUUGGUGAACCCAUUGUAGUUAGGCCUUGAAGUGAUGAUUCCUUUCAGUUACGGAGUAGCAGACAGGGAAAGCUGUGCCAUAUUUUUUUCUCAGUAGGUGAAUCAAUGUUUUCUGCCCUUGGUUGAAGUCACUGUCUUCAAUUAAGUUAUUUAGUCAUUAAUCAAUGUUGAAAAUGGUCUCGCCUGUGAGUUUUGCCUAUGCUUAUUGUGUAUGUACUGUAUGAUUAAAGAGAGGGUAAGAGCAGUUCCAUCAAAAA